GCAAGCUAUGUGUUUGGCGGCAUAUAAUUCUAUAAUGAUAUUUUACAUUGACUUUUUUAAGUUCAAAGGUUUGACUAGAACAGAUGCUGUCAGUAUCUAUUUUUAUAUGAAUGUGAUGAGUACUGUGUUUAGGUUUGUAACAGGUCUGCUUAAGCAAAUACCGCACGUAAGUGUAAUAGCAAUUCCAGUAUUUUGUGCUUUAUUGGGUGCUUCAUCAAUGGGGUUAUUUCCAUUGGUUGGGUCAUCGUACAUUGCAAAUUUGCUCGUUGCAUUUAUGUACGGCUGCGGCAGAGGUGGAAUGUUUGCAGUCCUUGGAAUAUCGAUUGUAAAACUAGCUGGACCAGAGAAUUAUUCUGUUGCACUUGGGAUUUCUAUGACAUUUUCGGGGAUACUGAAUGCAGUUGCUGGACCUGUAUCUGGAUUAAUCCGAGAUUCAACUGGAAAUUAUGAUAUGUCAUUUUUCUGUUCAGCUGCGACCGCAUUUGUUGCCUGUAUUGUCUUCGUCACUAUAAUGUUUAUUAGAUUCUUUGCGAAUCGACCCAAAUCAUCUGAACUCAACUUUGAAAUUGUCAUUAGACAAAAAUCAUGGAGAAGAUCAAGCAUUUUGCCAUGGAAGAAGCAAUCAGUGGACAUCAAUAAAUAGAAAAAUACUUGAACAAAUAUACAUGCUGUCUAAAACAUGUAUGCAUUGCCUCCUGAUAUAAGUUUGAAUUACUUGAUCAGUCUGAAUGUUUCUUAAUUAGUUGAAGCGUUGUAGAAAUUAAAAAAAAAACCAGUAACACGAAAAGUUAAUGUUGUUUAUGCUCAAUAUAAAUAUCUUUUAAG